AGCCCCCAUUAGCAUCGGAGCUAGAGACCGUCACGCGUGCCUUGUCACCAGGAAACUUGUCAACCUCUAGAGAACCAUUUGUCUCCUCCGUUAGAAGACUGCAUCAACAGAAUGGCGGCGCUAUCUAGCCCCUGUAUUGUGAUCAACGAUGAUGAGCAAGGGUAUGACCUGAACCUUUUCUGCAUCCCAAAGCACUAUGCCACUGACCUGGACCGAGUCUACAUCCCACACGGACUCAUCAUGGACAGGACAGAGAGACUGGCCAGAGAGAUCAUGAAGGAAAUGGGGGGGGACCACAUCGUGGCCCUCUGUGUGCUCAAAGGAGGCUACAAGUUCUUUGCAGACCUCCUUGACUACAUCAAGGCCCUGAACAGGAACAGUGACCGCUCCAUCCCAAUGACGGUGGACUUCAUCCGCCUCAAGAGCUACUGCAACGAUCAGUCAACAGGAGAAAUCAAAGUGAUCGGUGGAGAUGAUCUAUGUACGUUGACUGGCAAGAACGUCUUGAUUGUGGAGGAUAUUAUCGACACAGGGAAGACAAUGCAGACGUUAUUGGAACUCCUCAAACAGUUCAAUCCCAAAAUGGUCAAAGUAGCGAGUCUGUUGGUGAAGAGAACACCAAGAAGCGUCGGCUACCGACCCGACUAUGUAGGAUUCGAGGUGCCGGACAAGUUUGUGGUGGGCUACGCGCUGGAUUACAACGAGUACUUCAGAGAUCUGAACCAUAUCUGCGUCAUUAGUGAGACGGGGAAGGAGAAGUACAAGGCCUGAAGAGCACUGCAUAAUCAUUUUUAACAUAUGGUUUGAUGUUCUAUCACUUUAUAUUUGCUUUAUCGAAAAUAAUCUUGCUUGCUCAGGGUCCCCGAGGACACACUGCUGAAGUGAUCUUUCUGUUUUAGCAAACACACGCGCGCACACGGUGGAUUCAACCUUUUGAGAAACUUAAUUGCCUUGAGUGGAACCACGUCUGGCUGUAACAGCAUGGAGGUGAUGCAGUUCUUCGAUCCCCCCCAAACAUUUUUUUUAAAGUCUAAUUCUAAUUUAUUUGGAGCAACGCUGCUAGCUUUAAUGACAAUUGCACAUUGAUUUGUCAAAUUGACCUCUUAUGAAAUUAAAUAUUUUUAAAAUUGUAACUACUUUUACGUUGAUUUUAUUAGCGGUUUAGUGGCCGCUCAAAAACAUGUUAUUUCCUCAAGAUCUACAUGCGUGUUUUGGGACAACACUGUGCUAUUGUACUGGAAGAUUUUGUGUUGCAAAGCAAAAGUUUUCCCUAAUAAUACACAUACUAUACCCAGUACUUUGAUAUGAUGAAGAUGAAAUAUCUUUGUAUCAAUAUAGUCUUUGUAUUUUGUGUUGCACAACGAAUUUAGAUGCAUGAUUGCUUUAUUCACUAACAUUUUAGUUAUGCUGGGAAAUUUGUAUACUGUGCAGAUUAGAGCAACAAAAGUCGAUUUAAGGAUUUUUUUUUUUAGUUGCCUGAAAUAAACACCAUCUGAACAGCACCUUACUUUUUUAAUAAAUGGUAAAGAGGAAGCAUACUUUUCUCAUGCUGUUCAUGUGUCCAAAGUUAUUUGAGAUUGUUGUCAAAUGCCAAAUAUGUUUUUAUUAUUUGUACUGAGCCUAGAUGCUUUGCAAAUCAACACCAUUUUUGUAUUGAUGAUAAUAUAUGUUGAUGAAAAACCUAAACAUGGGAUACUAGUCUUAAUAAACGCUUACAUAUGCUUGUUUUAA